AGCUCUAAACUCUUUCCCAUUUGUUGCAGCUAGGAGCAAACUUUAAACAGACACCCACACUAAGCUCUCAGACUCCCAGCUAAGGAAAUUGUUUCCUUUUCACUUGUGAGUUUUUCAGAGGCACAGGAAUCCCACCAGGAAAGCAAGCAAACCCUUGAGUGACCUGCAGCCUCUAUUAAGCACUGGAGGAUCACCCUGCUGACUAGAACCUGCUGCCAGGCGGAGGACUCACUGGCUCCAUUACUUUCAGGCUGCUGGGUCACUGCGCUGAUCAGGAAAACAGUGUGAGGAAGUUUGGUGCUAAGCCAAAAAAGUAAGGUAAAUAAUCAGCACAGCCGUGCAGCACAGACUUUGAUACUGCCUAAAAAAGGAACUGCCGGUGCGAAAAAAAAAAAAAAGGGAGGUGUAUAGAGGCACAUUUUUUUUCCUCUUUCUUCUACAAUGUCCUAAGGGGACACGUUUGCUGACUAUCAGAUUGUUUUCCCACAGGGUGUCAGGCUACACAUUCACAGUUUUACAGCCCAGGAUUAAGGCUACUGGUUAUAAUGCUAAUUUCAGCACUACAUACUGAAUUCUCUGGGUUAUUGCAACAUUCAUUUUUUUCCCUUUCAGUAGAAGUUCUUACGCACGUGCUUUAAACUUUUCUGUUUACAUCAGAAAUUGACAGGUGCUCCUAAACUAUUUUCUUUCACCUUUUCCUUUUUUAUAUACCGUAUAUAUUUUUGGCCCUUUUUUUUUUUUUUAACUCGCUCACCAGUUGGAUUUUUAACUGUCGCAGUCCAUGAAGGAUUUGAUUGCUUUAUUCUAUUUUGCUUUCAAAACUGGAGACAGCAAAGAAAAACAGAAUUGGAUUAGAGAUACCUUUGCAUGGGAUUAUGAAGGAUCUAGUCAUUGAUUAUCUGCUACCAAUGUUACCUAUACAGGCUCGGUGCUUUCUCGUGAAGGGUGCAGUGAUCAGGCACUGCUGAAACUGACUGUGAACUUGGAAAUCUCAAGUGCUGUUAGUGGCUGUGCUCUCCCCCUGUUCAUCCAAAUGAUCCUCUUGUUACUUCUCAGAGUCCUAGCGUGCACCCUGGACUUUCAGCUACAUGGAGUGCAAGCUGAAUCCAAUCUAAGCAGCAAAUUUCAGUUUGAGAAUGCCAAGGAGCUGAAUGGAGUGCAGGAGCACCAGCAUGAGAAGAUUGUUUCGGUUGCAUUUAAUGGAUCCAUCCACAGCCCCCGGUUUCCCCACUCUUAUCCAAGAAGCACUGUGUUGGUAUGGAAAUUGGUUGCACUGGAGGAACAUGUACGGAUACAACUGACCUUUGACGAAAAAUUUGGUCUAGAAGACCCAGAAGGUGAUAUAUGCAAGUAUGAUUUUGUAGAGAUUGAAGACCCCAUUGAUGGCACGAUCCUUGGGCGAUGGUGUGGCUCUAAUACUGUGCCAGGCAAACAGAUUUCAAAAGGAAAUCAGAUCAGGAUACGAUUUGUAUCUGAUGAAUAUUUCCCUUCUGAACCAGGAUUCUGCAUUCAUUAUACCCUCCUCACCCCGCAACAAGCAGAACCGGUUGGCCCCUCAGUGUUCCCCCCCUCAGCACUGCCACUAGAUGUUCUUAGUACAACAGUCUCCCGUUUUGGAACUGUAGAAGAAGUAAUCAGAUACCUUGAACCAGACCGAUGGCAGUUGGACAUUGAGGAAUUGUACAGACCAACAUGGCAAUUACUUGGGAAAUCCUAUAUCCAUGGCAGAAAAUCCAGAGGAGGUGACCUGAGUAAUAUGAGAGAUGAGGUACGUCUGUACAGUUGCACACCACGUAACUUUUCAGUAUCUCUGCGGGAAGAACUGAAGCGGACGGAUGCCAUAUUUUGGCCAAGUUGUCUGCUGGUUAAGCGAUGUGGUGGCAAUUGUGCUUGCUGCAAUUACAGCUGCAAUGAAUGCCAAUGUACGCCAACUAAAGUCACAAAGAAGUACCAUGAGGUUCUGCAGCUCAGGCAAAGGACUGGUUCAAAAUCCCUUCAGAAAUCUCUCACAGAUGUGGCCUUGGAGCACCAUGAAGAGUGUGCUUGUCUGUGCAAAGGAAACACAGAAGGAUAAUCCGAUGGAUAAAUGAAUCAAUAUUUAAAGCACAUAAAAUUUAUUGCUGUUUCCCCAUGGGGAUAGCUUACUUUAACUCUGUAAACAUGGAAGUCCAUUUACGGCUGCCUGUAUUGCAGAUGUACAGCAAUUUGACAUGACGAUGAAAGGAGACGCGGAAAAAAACAAAACAUUGCCUUGCCUUAAUGUUUGGUUGGUGUUAAGCCCAGACACCACAUCAUUGAGAGGGUAUUAGUCAGUGCGUUCUCGCUGCCCUUAAAUGUUACUGUACACAGAUGAACCUCUGCAUUAGGAAAGGAAAGUCAUCAUCAGAGAUGUCUACGGGACAGACUGAAUGGAGAUCUGCUCUGGGCCUGACCACAGUACUGAAUAACAUCAUUUUGGAGCUAUAUUCAGCAUUGAAAUCCCAAAGAAAACGGUUUGCAUGAUAUAAGCAUCUUUGUAUGCUUCUGCGGUAGAAACAGUUCCACCCAGAUUUUGUAAGCAUGACUAAGAAAGAAAGAAAGGAUUUCCAUUUAAAGCAAUCAUUUGACCUAUCAUUUGUUUCUACGAUAUGCUCGGACCAAUAUCUUCAUUAAUCAUAACUGAUGUAGACAGUUGCCAUAAUCCAACAAGAGGCUUUUUUUUUUUUUGUAUUUUAUUUUUCAUUGAGUUACUUUUGUACUUUUUAUAUCCUUUUGACAUUAUAUCGAUUUGCUUUUUUUUUUUUUUUCGUGUUAAUUAUCUCUUUUUACAUAGGGUAUUUAAAAUACUGUCUUUUUAAAGCUUAGAUGAAUUUGUUGUGUAAUUCUUUCUCAUGUAUUGUAUCUUGUUUUGUAAAACCCAGUUGAAUUUUGGUUGAGCUGCAGAAGCUGGUUAUUUGUAUAUGGUGCUAAACAGUGAAGUACAGAAAUCUGGGUUGUUAAAUUUGAAGAAUAAAUUACAGAUUGGAAGAAUACGUGGUACAGUGCUGCUACUCAACAGUCCUCUUAAUUUAAUAUAGUUUGUGUUGAAAAGAAUGCAACUGAAUGCUCAAAUGUGUAUCAGAUUUGGGUUGUAAGAACUCUCGUUUAUUUCUUAACAUCUGAUAACACAUUUUACAUUUACCAAAAUGUGCAGUUGUCACUGUUCAGUUAUCGACAAGGCAAAUAUUUAAUGAUUUCUAUGAAACAUGCUCAUCAAUAAACAUACAGUGGAAAAUGAC